AUGCCCAAGGAGAACAGGAAACGCGGUCGCCGUGGGGAGGAGAAAAAGCGCAAGCGAGAACAGGCCGAGGAGCCAGAGUCCAAACGACAGAAAACCAACGAGGACGAAGCAGAGGAAUAUGCCGAGCAUGCGCCCGAGUACAACGAUGAGACUCUCAAUGGAGUUGCCCGCCCUGAGGCCAUGCCCUUCUAUGGCAUGCUGGACGAAGACGAGCAGGAGUACUUCAAAAAGGCCGACGAGCUCCUUGAACUCAACCAAUUCGACACCCCGGAAGACCGGUCCAUCUUCCUCGAGAGUGUAUACAAGGAAGCUCAAGGAAAAGAGCUGAAGAUCGCCAACAGUCAGUCAUGUUCGCGGCUUAUGGAGCGCCUGAUUAUCCUCUCUACCCCCGCGCAACUAAAAGGCUUGUUCAAGAUAUUCAGUGGCCACUUUCUCCAUCUUGUCCAACACCGCUUCGCCUCGCAUUGUUGUGAAGCCCUCUUCAUUCAGGCCGCGCCUGUCGUUACCCAGGAGCUCACGAAGCCCGAAGCCGUGAAAGCGGCGUCCGCCGAUCCAAACGAAGAAUACGUUUCCAUGGAGAACCUGUUCCUAUACACGCUUGGAGAGCUAGAUGGAUACCUGGGAUACCUUAUGACAGACCGGUUCGCAUCCCAUGUGUUACGGGUACUAUUGGUUGUCCUCGCCGGCAUGCCUUUGGAGAAGCAGCAGGAGAAGUCGACUUUGAAAAGCAAGAGGAAAGAGAAGGUCAGCGUGCCAGGGGCUGAAAAGACCCAGGAAUGGGCCUUGGAGAAGAGGGUGGUUCCAAAAUCCUUCAUCGAUGCUCUAGGAAAAGUCAUAAGCGACAGUGUAGCAGGUCUGGACUCCGCGACUCUGCGGGCACUCGCUGAACACCCGACCGGAAACCCAACCCUUCAGCUUCUCUUGCAGCUCGAGCUGACGCAAUUUGGCAAAUCCCGAGCCAAGGACGAGACGUCAAUCGUUCGUAGGCUUCUACCAGAUGACCCCAUCGUUGAAGGAACGGAAAGCGCAUCAUUCAUCAACGGACUUGUAUACAGCACCAUUGGCUCGCGGCUACUGGAGACUAUCGUACAGCACGCGCCUGGCAAGAUGUUCAAAGCCAUCUACGCACAGUCUUUUAAGGAUCGAAUGGGGAGUCUGGCAAGGAACGAAAUAGCUUCAUAUGUUGUAGCAAAAAUCCUAGAAAGACUGAGCAAGGAAGACUUGGAUGCCGCAAAACGUCAAAUCGUGGAACAAAUACCAGGACUGGUGCAACGCAAUCGAACAGCUAUUCUCAGAACUCUGAUCGAGAGAUGUGCUGCACGAGGGGUCGAUAUGAAGGAUAUCAAAGCACAACUGGAGACUGCCUAUGCCGGUUCCAAGGGGUUCGAGAUCACCGGUAUGCUGAAGCUCCAAGAAGCCCAUUCCGAGGAUGGGAAACCGGAGCCAAAGAAUGCCAAUGCGCAUCCAGAAAAGGUACACGGGUCCCUCCUCGCUCAAACUAUGAUGUCAGUCCCGGGACCGUUGGCCGACUUGAUAUUUGAUUCUCUUGCGAAACUUGAGACUCCGCUGGCUUUGAAAGUUGCACGAGAUCCGAUUGCAUCGCGUACUUUGCAGGCGGCGUUGACCUCGCCAAACGCUUCGAUCAUCUUCCGACGAAAGGUCAUUCAACAGUUUUACGGCCAUGUUGGAGACCUUGCACUUGACCCGGCAGGAUCGCAUGUCAUCGACGCAGUGUGGCACGGGACUCAAGGUCUGGCAUUUAUAAGGGAACGCAUCGCAGAGGAGCUAGUCGAGAACGAGGCCGCGCUCAGGGAAUCGUUCGUCGGCCGAGCCGUCUGGCGCAAUUGGCAGAUGGAUCUGUACAAGCGACGAAGAGGCGACUGGAUCAAGCAAUCGCGGCACACAGCAGGCAACGACGGCUUCCAGUCGUUUCCAGACUCUCAGGGGAACUCUACGGAGAAGCCUUCGCACAAUAAACACCUUACGGCGAUAGAAAGGGCGCGGCAGAAACAUGCGGCCCAGAAAGCAGCGAAAGCGAAGGAGCAGCCGAAGAGGACGAAAGCGAGAGGGAAUGGAAACGUGUCUGAGUAG